AUGAAUAUUGUAUUUGCUAAAAGUAUCACUCUUCUUUUCAUUUUUAUAUUUCUCUCAGUAGAUACUGCCGGUUUUUGCUCUGCAAAUAAGAGCUCUGACAGUAAACUCUGCGUCGAAAGUGAGAAGCAAGCGCUUCUGAGCUUCAAGAAAGGUAUCGUAAACGACACAAAUGACGAACUUGCAUCUUGGGCUGCUGAGCAAGAGGAUUGCUGCAAAUGGGCUGGAAUUGUUUGCAACAAGAUAAUUGGCCAUGUCGAAGAGCUUCGCCUCAGUGGAGGGGCUCAAUUUCCCAAGUUUAUCUGUUCUCUUGCCGGUUUAAGAUAUCUUGAUCUUUCGGGUACUAAUUUUAGCGGAAUGAUUCCUCCGCAUCUCGGGAAUCUCACCAAGCUGAGGAACCUUAGUCUUGGAUUUUAUGCCAUAUCACCUGGUCGGGUAUAUGUUGAGAAUCUUCUGUGGCUUUCUGGCCUUUCUUCACUAGAAUAUCUAGAUAUGAGCUACGUGAACCUCAGUAGAGCAUCUGAUCAUUGGUUGCUAGCAAUAAACAAGCUCCCAUCUUUGCGAGAACUAUAUUUUUAUGAAUGUGAACUUAGCCAUAUCCAUCAUCUAUCCUAUGUUAAUUUUACAUUCCUUGCAAUUCUUGAUCUGUCGUAUAACAAUUUUAAUUCUCUCAUACCUGAUUGGAUUUUUAGCCUUAGCAAUCUUGUCGAUCUUACAUUGCGCAGUAGCAACUUUAUAGGCCCAUUUCCCAAUGGUUCUUGGCACUUAAAUUCUCUCACCAACCUUGUUGCUAGUGAAAAUCAUCUCAAUUCUACCAUUCCCAACUACCUUUAUGGCUUAGCCAAUCUUGAAUACCUCGACCUAUAUAGAAAUAACUUGCAAGGUUUUAUAUCAAGUGCCAUUGGAAACCUAACCUCUAUCACUUUUCUUGGCUUGUCACAUAAUGCUCUGGAAGGGGAACUGCCAAUGUCCCUGGGAAAUCUUCGCCGUAUGCAAGCUUUUAAUGUUGCUUAUAAUAAAGUGAACGGAUCUUUUUCGAAAAUCCUUGCCUCCCUCCCCUGUGUAUGGCUCAUCGAUGUUUCUCAUAAUCACUUGGAAGGUGUGAUAUCCGAAGCUCACUUUGUUAAUCACACGUGUUUGCGUCGAUUUUCUGCUUCUGGAAACUUGCUGAGGCAAAGAGUGAGUCCAGAUUGGAUUCCUCCCUUUGAUCUUCUUGAUCUAGAAAUGGGAUCUUGGAACUUGGGUCCCCAGUUUCCAACGUGGCUCAGAUCACAAAAGUUGCUAACCGGUGUCAACCUAUCCAACAAUGGAAUUACAGGCGCCGUUCCUAGAAGGAUUCCGGAUUGUUGGAUGAAGUUUCCAUCGUUGCAGGUGUUAGACUUGGGUGAUAAUAAUUUGAUCGGGGAAAUUCCAAGCUCAGUGGGAUCUCUAAAAGACUUGCAGUGGUUGCGUCUUCACAACAAUAGCCUCUCGGGAGAAAUACCUUCCUUUCUCCAAAACUGUACAAUGUUAAGGAAUCUCGAUCUUGGUCUAAACAAGUUUCUUGGAUGCAUACCGACUUGGCUUGGAUUUCGUCUUUCAAAUCUCAAUAUUCUCAAUGUCCGACCGAACAAGUUGAAUGGCCAGAUUCCACACGAGCUCUGUCGCCUAACUAAGCUUCAAAUCUUGGAUGUUCCCGAUAACAAUUUAACUGGGACAAUACCAAGUUGUUUCGGAAAUCUAAUUGCUAUGGCAACCAAAAAUCAAUCAAGUGAUCCCAUUACUUACGGUUGGUACAUUUAUGAGUUGAUGGAGAAUGCACUCGUGGUAAUAAAAGGUAGAGAAGAUAAGUAUGAUACCAUACACUCACUAGUAACUAGCCUGGAUCUCUCGAGUAACAACUUAUCCGGAGAGAUUCCGAAGCAACUAACAAGUCUCCACGGAUUGAUAUCAUUAAAUCUAUCAAGAAAUCAUUUGAGAGGUAGCAUUCCAGAUAGGAUUGGGGAUAUGGAAUCGAUCCUAUCUCUUGAUAUCUCAAGGAACCAGCUGUCCGGUAAAAUCCCUCCAAGCACAUCGAAUUUGAAUUUCUUGAGCUACUUCAACAUGUCAUGCAACGAAUUAUCAGGCGAAAUCCCAUUGAGCACACAACUACAGAGCUUUGGACCUUCUAGCUUUGUUGGCAACCAACUCUGUGGACCUCCACUCCCCGAGAUAUGCAUAGUAGAUCAGAAUACAAUGCCUGCAGGUACUGAAGAUGAACGAAAAGAAAGCGACGAAGAUGAAGAAGAGUAUUGGUUCCGUUUGGGCAUAGCAGUUGUGUUUGCAGUGGGCUUCUUGGGUGUCAUUUCUCCCUUGUUGUUUCGAGGAGUACUUGUGGUACAAGAUUUUGGAUUGCUAUAUCAAAUUCAAGCUCAUGUUGGUGAGGAAUUAAUUUUCCCAAUAUCAUUGCUUGGAGCAUUAAAACUGGGGAGCAUCGCCGUAGGAUUCGCUAUUGGAGUUUCGGAUGUCAUUAAUAAAUAG